UUGAGCGUUCGCGUAAAGGAAACUUUGAUUGGAGUUUUUGCGUUUCGACUCUUUUCUGAAUAUAAGCGCUCACAUCUGAACUAUGUGCCAUUUCUUUUGUUGUAUAAGGAGGCAGAAAGUGCUGAAAAUGGAGGCAGUUGAGCGUGUUUUGUAAAGACGCACACGCACGCAAACAGCACGAUCAGUCCUGAGAGUUGUGCUGGACUCCGGAGACUCGAGCGAGGUUAUAAACGCGCUAUUGUUCUGGAUGAUGGCGGAUUUCGUGGUGCCGCGGCACAGCGCGGUGAUGGAGCGGCUGCGGCGGCGCAUCGAGCUCUUCCGGCGGCAUCACACCGGCUGUGAGAACCGCUAUGACAGCACGGCCAUGGAGCGGCUGGAGAUGGACAGACAACAGACGUUCGCGCUGCAUCAGCGCUGCAUGCAGACCAAGGCCAAGCGCUCGAACAAGCACCGGCAGCCGCCAGCGGCGCUGAGCGGGGACCCGGCGGGGCAGAGAGGGACGGGCGGCGGGGGCACCAGCGCGGACGGAGGGAACGGGACGCCCGGGGAGCAGGGCAGAAACAGCACGCUGAUCGCGAGGUGUGGGCAGUAAAGUCGCCAGAGAACUGACGCAGAUCUAUGUUGAAACCAGUCUCCUUUCCUCCAUUGC